GUGCAUGAGGCAGUCCCGUGUUACAGUGAGUGCAAUCAGUAUUCCUGGGUUGUAGAACACUGGUCCCCAUGCAGAAUCCACAACGAGCUGAGGCCCCUGCGCUGUGGCGGAGGAACGCAAUCUAGGAAAAUCAGAUGUGUGAACACGGCCUCCAGGGAAGGUGGGGCAGUAAAUAGCAGCCUCUGCAACCAGGAUGAGAUGCCCCCAGAAACCCAGCCCUGCUCACUUCUGUGCCCCAGUGAAUGCGUCAUGUCCGAGUGGGGAACCUGGAGCAAGUGCCCACAGUCAUGUGAUCCCCACACAAUGCAGAGAAGAACCCGCCAUCUGCUGAGACCCUCGCUGAGCUCCAGGACAUGCGCUGAAGACUCCCAGGUGCGGCCUUGUCUCCUGAAUGAAAACUGCUUCCAGUUCCAGUACAACCUGACAGAGUGGAGCACGUGCCAGCUGAGUGAAAAUGCGACCUGUGGGCAAGGUGUCAGGACCCGCCUUCUGAGCUGUGUGCGCAGUGACGGCAAGCCAGUCAGCAUGGACCAAUGUGAGCAGCGUAACUUGGCGAAGCCACAGAGAAUGAGCAUUCACUGCCUGGUGGAAUGUGUGGUCAACUGUCAGCUCUCGGAGUGGACAGCUUGGACCGAGUGCUCACAGACUUGUGGCCAUGGAGGUCGAAUGAGCCGGACUCGAUUUAUCAUGCUGCCAAGCCAAGGGGAAGGACGGCCGUGCCCCCGAGAGCUCACCCAGCAAAAAGCCUGCCCGGUGACCCCCUGCUACAGCUGGGUCCUCAGCAACUGGUCUGCAUGUAAAUUGGAGGGUGGAGACUGUGGGGAGGGAGUCCAGAUCCGCAGCCUCUCCUGUGUGGUCCACAAUGGCUUGGUCGCUAGCUCCGCUGUACGUGUGGACGAUGCCCAGUGUAAAGAAGUGCCCUGGCAGGAUGGCACCCUGCAGCAGCUGUGCUCUGUGCCCUGCCCAGGAGACUGUCAUCUCACGGGCUGGUCGGAGUGGAGCACGUGUGAAUUAACCUGCAUCGAUGGAAGAAGCUUCGAGACCAUGGGCCGCCAAUCUAGGUCAAGGACAUUUAUAAUUCAGUCUUUUGAAAACCAAGACAGCUGCCCCCAGCAGAUUCUAGAAACACGUCCUUGUACAGGAGGCAAAUGCUAUCACUACACAUGGAAAGCAAGUCUUUGGAAUAAUAAUGAACGAACCGUAUGGUGCCAACGUUCAGAUGGCGUUAAUGUCACAGGAGGCUGCUCCCCUCAGGCACGGCCUGCGGCGAUUCGACAGUGCAGUCCAGCCUGCAGAAAACCUUUCUCCUACUGCACUCAGGGUGGAGUGUGUGGUUGUGAGAAGGGUUAUACGGAGAUAAUGAGAUCGAAUGGUUUUCUGGAUUACUGCAUGAAAGUCCCUGGCUCAGAGGAUAGAAAAGCUCAUGUGAAAAACCUUGCUGGGAAGAACAGACCUGUGAAUUCAAAAAUACAUGAUAUUUUUAAAGGAUGGUCUAUUCAGCCCCUUGAUCCAGAUGGCCGAGUAAAAAUCUGGGUUUAUGGUGUUUCAGGUGGUGGUUUUCUUAUCAUGAUUUUCCUAGUAUUUACUUCCUACCUUGUUUGCAAGAAGCCAAAACCACAUCAAAGCACACCUCCCCAACAGAAGCCUCUGACCUUCGCCUACGAUGGAGACUUAGACAUGUAACCUGGAAAGGAAAUCCAAAUGUAGACAUCGACUGCCUUAACUGCUUUCUCUUUUGUAGCUCUCAGACUUCUCAGUUUUUUGAGGAAUCUCACAGUGUGAUAUAUUAGGCAGAAUACAAAUACUGCGAAAGUAAUAUUGCCUCAACUUCAUUUGGAUAUGGAGUCAAGGAUUAUUCAGUCUGCCAUUUUGAUUUCAAGUUGUUUGUGGGUGUGUUUAAUUUUUUUUAUUUUCUCAAGGGACCUGAAAAUCCUUCUCUUCCCUUUUGGAAAAGGGAGGAAGAAAUCGUGAUGGAAUUCCCACAGACUUGAGUAAUCUUUAUCUUCUGCAGCAUGAUGACAAUCCAGAGGAAAGUCCAAUCAAGACAUUUACUAUAAAUGGCGAGUUUGACACUGCAUUGUUACGCACUAUAUUAGUGCAAAUCUUUAUUCUUUCCAUAUUUCAACACUGAGUUUUCUAGAGUUUACAUUAGUUCAGAGACCUUCAAAUUGCAUUGACUAUUUUCAUGAACACAGAGGGAAUGGGCUGCCAUUUCAGAAAUUCUCUGAGUUUUUACCUUUGAAUAUUGUAUUUUGUUUUGUAGCCAGGGGAUGAUGGCACUUCACGGGUUGCAUCUAUUGAAAGAAAUGGAGAGUGCAUAAUUGACGAACUAGAUGAAAGCUGGGUGGUUUCUAAAUGAAAUGUGUAUUGAGUGUGAUGGUGUACAAAUGAACUAGGUGGUCAUAUUGGAGAAUGAGGUAGAUUAUUUGAUUACUAAAACUGCAUUUUAACAAAACUUAGCAACGUAGAUAUAGAAUUGAUCACACAGUUGUAAUUCAGUUUAAUGAUGACAAACUCUGCUUUUGUAAUUUCAAUUUUCUUAUCUGAAUAUUUAUAAAUUUUUUUUGAAGUUAAUUAUCUGACCUCAUUUAAUAUACAUCAACCACCGAUCCUGUUUAUAGCAAGUCUUGCUUUUAUAAGGUUUCAAUAAUAUCUAAAACACAUUAAAAGCUGAAACCAUUUUAUGAAGAUAAUUGUUUGUAAUAGUAGAUGUUGAAAGUAAGAAGGUGCCAUCUUGUGGUAUUGACUUGUAUUUAUAACAAAUAAAGUGCUCAAGAG